AUGAAUUUUUAUUAAUUUGAUGAUAGAGCAGGAGAAGUGAAUGAGUUUUUAUUAGAUUAAAACUAAACAGUAUUAUUAAUUCAUGGAUAAGCUGGGUCAGGCAAAAGUACAACAGCUAAGAAAAUUGAAGAGUUUAUUUGGAAAUUACAUGACAGUAAUCAAAAAAUUGGGAAUUUUGUACUAAUACCUGUUUAUAUUUGAUUACCCUCCAAAAAAAACGCUGUGUUUUAAGCAGUAGAGGAAUCACUUCAAAAAGAUGAUUACGGGUUUGAUGAUCUCUAAUUGAAAGAAUGCAAAUAAAUGUUGUAAAUGAAAGAAUUCCGAAUCAUAUUUAAAAUGGACAGUUAUGAUGAAAUGAAGCUAGAAUAUAUUUAGAAAUAUUUAUAAAUAAAUAAUCAACUCAGAUAACAUUGGUAAGACCCUCUUGUUAUUUUUACCACAAGAAGUGUUAUUUUUACGAGUAACAAUUAUUCAGACUGGUUUGCACCUGAAGAUAAAAAGAAAUUUAAAGAAAUUCAGCUCCUUAAAUUUGGAUAGUGUGAAGAAUAUGAAUAUCUUAGGAAAUUCACUAUUUAAAGUAUUAAAAUGUUGAUUUUUGAUAUAUACAAACUGUAAUUAUAUGCUUAAAACCAAAAAGCUCUGGAUCUAAAAGGAUUUGAACAGAGUUGGGAAAAAUUAUAGUCAUCAUUUUUUAAAUUUGAUAAAGCAGGGUUAAAAAGAGAGACUUUUUUGGACGAAAAAUAAAUAGACAGUAUUUUAUUAUUUUUGAAGGAUGAUGAGUUAAUCGCUUUCAAAAGCAAUGAAAAAGCUUGGGCAUAAAUCUACAAUUAAAGAGUGUUUAAUAUUAUGAAUAUAUGA